GUGUCAAAACUAACAAACAGGCUGUUUCUCGGUGGGGGAAGGGAAGCUGGACAACGCCGAGCACACUUCGCAAACAUUUUAAUAGUGCAAGCCAAUAAAGCAAGCUCUUCUAAUCCGGCGACAUCGAUAUAGUAAUCGUCCGGAGUGCGGAGGAGAGGGAUAUGGCUCAGGAGACCAAUCAGACACAAGUGCCUUUGCUCUGUUCUAAUGGUUGUGGGUUUUACGGGAACCCGCGUAAUAACGGCAUGUGCUCGGUGUGCUACAAAGACUCCUUGCAGCGGCAGAACAACAGCGGCAGGUCCAGCGAUUCAGUGUCUUCCAGCAUUAGCAGUAAAGGAGAAUCUAUGACUGUACAAUCGACGUCACAGCAUGAACAAAACAGUCAGUGUUUCUCAACAACAACACCAGCAGCAGCAGCAGCAGUUACACACAAAGACAGUGCUUCAGCAGCAGCUCAAUCAGGCCUGAAAGCACCAGGUAUGUUCCCUUUUUCACUUUGACCCGUUUAUGUCAUCCCCCACUCCAAAACCAGACACACAUUACAUGACACAGAAAGAGACAAACGCUCUGUCAAACUCCAUAGAAACAGCCAGUCAUCAUCUUCCAAAUGUGUCUAAUUGUUUGCUUUGAGACCAGGCCAAUAAGUGUUCAAAGUUCACUUGUCACAUUUGAUUAAAAGCUCUGUUUUCCAGGGCUAAACAGGCUUACAUUUGUAUGUCUGCUGAUUUUAUUGAUCAUAAGGCUCUUGUUUGUUAAUUAAUUGGUAGUGUAAGAUCUGAAGAACCUCAGACACUUUGAUCUUCUGAGAUAGAGACAAUACAAACACAGUGUAUUAACAUGCAGACAUCUGUUUCCACAUCUCACUGAGAGAUGAUUUCUCACGUACACUUUUCAUCCACUUCCUUCCCCUCACUCAGAAUGGUCAAUAGCAUAAUAUA